UGCUACACAGUCGGAAAAUGAUACAUUCGCGAGUCAGUACACAGGAUGACCAAGGCAGUUAAAGAUGAUAACUGCAACAGUCUCCUGUACGGCAUUCCUGAUAAAGACCUCUCUAAACUCCAAAGAAUUCAGAAUUCAGCAGCACGGCUCAUCGCUAGAUCAAAGAAGCAGAACCACAUCACCCCCAUUCUACAAGAACUCCACUGGCUUCCUGUCAAUGCUCGCAUACAGUACAAAGUCCUGCUCCUCACGUUCAAUGCUGUCCAUGGUCUCUCCCCUCAUUACAUUUCUGAACUGAUAACGCCAUACACCCCAACAAGGUCACUUAGAUCCUCUUCACAGCUUCUCCUACAAGUUCCCCCAUACAAAACAAAAACGUACGGUAAAAGAACCUUUGCUUUCAGCGCACCCACACUUUGGAACUCUCUUCCUGCUACUCUCCGUUCCCAGAUAAACCCGGAUCUCUUCAAAUCCCAUCUCAAAACUCACUUAUUAACUAAAUCUUUUUUGUAAUAUUGUAUUGUUUCGUUAAAUUGUUGCUUUCUCUUGUA